GUGUAGAAUCCUCGUCUCGUUAUGAGCUCGGGAAGUCGAAUCACACCUAUCCAAUCAAAAAUCACAUAUUUCUACUGGAAAUUUUUAGAAAAUUUCAUCAGGAAUUCUACCCUAAGUGACUAGACCCCAUGUAGACGAUGUUUCCGAUCCCAGGCUUAGGGGCAGUUACUGCCAUGGAGCGUGGCGAUCGUAACUCCCACAGUCCUGGCCCGAACGUCAACUACUUCGAUGGAGCUAAUCUCAUUGGCCACCCAUUCAGUUCUGCUGCAGCAUCGAUGGUGACUACUUCGCCCUUUUCCCCACUGGCGAACAUUCAUCCAAGCGCGUUUUCCAUGCUAGGGAGACCCCCGCUAUUCCCGGGAGCUGCACCGUUUGGAGGUCUAGGGACGUUGGAGGGAUUUGGACUGAGGUCACCAUUUGGCUCUGGACUCAGUCCGACGACAGGUGAGUCAUAUUAUGGAUUGGCUGGUCUUUAUGGUGGUGCUGACUGGUGGCGGCUAGCCUCUGAGCAUGCCCGUAGACUCGCGGCGGGCACAACGCCAGAAUUCUACAUUGGUGGAUUGGCACCAAGCUUAUCGCCGACAUUCGGAUUGCACACCGGCGAAGCCAGUCCGACAGGAUUCGAUGCCUUAUUACGCCAAUCUCAAAGUUCGUUGUUUGGGUUGACGCCGACACCAAUGCCCGUCUCAGAAGCAACGGCGUCCAAAGCCUCUGCCGGUUCAUCGAAAGAUACUGUCACCACGGUAACUGUGACGACUGCCAAAAGUUCGGCCAGCACGACAUUGACAAGCAGCCGCGCAUCGCCAGCGAGUGUGAGUUCGCAUGGAACGAGUAUAACGACGGAGGCGAUUGGUCGGAGUUCAGCGAAACCUCGGAAGAAGAGUCACAAUCACGGGAUUCCCACAUCAGUUAUUACGAGCAUUCCUAAGAUGGCCGAGUCGUCAGUUUCUAAGGAGCGAAAGGAGCACAAGAAGGGUUCGAAGAUGCCAACAAUGGAAGCAUUGUCAGACAGCGAUUUGGACGUGAGUUCAGGCAGCCUUAGUAUGGACACGCCCAGUGAGCUCAGUAGUGACGAGGAAGGAGAAAAGGACAAACAGUCUCAGCACAGGAAGGAUCUCAAACGAAAAUCGGAUAGUCAACAUUCGAACACACCGCCCGAAAAACGCCAUAUGACCUCAAUCACCUCAAAACAAUCAGUCAAAGACACCGCCAUAAAAAAUCGUGAACUUUUAAUGAAUUCGCCAUUAAGUAUAACAGACUGUAUCGCUAGGCAACAUAAGAUACAGCAGAUGGCGCACUUGGACCAUCCGAAACCUUCGCCGUCGCCAUCUCCUGUCACUAGCUCUGCGCCCCUAGAUCUCAGUAAGAAGGAUACAUCUGCAUUUAGCGUUCCGGCACAUCUUAUGCUGGGGAAACAACCGAGGAAACAAUCACGAAAGCAGCCGAAGUUUUUGCAGCAGCAGCAGGUUAUGACGGAAAAGGAACGAAUGGACCACAAAAAGCGUCAAGAACUAUUAAAGCUAGAACUAGAAGCUCAACUAAAACAACAACAGCUGGAAUUAAAAAUGGCUAAGAAGGCCGUGGCAGAGCGGGAAAAACAUCGGUUGUCACAACAGAACGCUUUCAAGUCGCACAAGGGGAAGCCGGGACUGACGAGUAGCUCACCUAGUCUCAGCCAAUCGUCUCGUUCGAGUAAAACGUCACAUUCGUCAAUUGCGCGAAUGAAGCCGGAGCCUGGAGAGGGUGCGAGUGGGAUGAGUGAUGAUGAUAGCUUGGCCUCUGGUUCAGAUAGUGACAGUGACAGUAGCAGUAGUAGUGGUUCCAGUUCAGGAUCAGCAUCUGAGGGAGAAUCGGGCAGCGUAGGCAGGCAAACGACAGGUGAUGAAAACGGUAUGGUGGCAGAUCAACACAAAAAGAGACGGAAGCCGCGUCCAGUCGUUGAUGAAACCGAUAUUCGUAUACCGUUGGAGCACGGCUGGCGCCGAGAGACCCGGAUUCGCACAAUGAGUAGUCGGGGGAUAGUUGGUGAUGUCAUUUAUUAUGCUCCUUGUGGGAAGAGGUUGAAGACUUACCCUGAAGUUACAAAGUAUCUUGAGAAGAAUGCCAUCACAGACCUGUCUCGCGUCAACUUUUCGUUCAGUCCAAAAAUAAGUGUUGGUGAUUUCCUGGAACAACGCCACGGGGGUGGAGGGCAAGGAGACAACGGAUUUGUACUGCUCACUGAAGAAGAAGUCCUGGAACGUAUGAUGCUGACGAAAAUGAAAAAACUCCAUCAGAUGGGCAAGAUGAAGAAGAAGGAGAAGAAAAAGAAUUCCGAGGAUCUCGCGAAACAGGCUGCCGAUCAUAAGCUGAAGAAAAAGUUAGAGCAGCAAGAGAUGUCCCGUAAGUCAAGCGAAAUGAAAUUAAAGAGCAAACAUGAAAAACGGCAGCAAGUCGAAGCUCAUAAGCGAGCAAAAGAAAUGAGAGCAAACGAACGUAAGAAAGCCAAGGAACAGGAACGUCUGCUGCGGCACCAGGAGAAGAUGCAGCGCCAGGAACAUAUCCGUAUCGAGCGGGAGGUUCGGGCACAACAACUCCUUGAGGAGCGUCGUCGAAGGAAGGAAGAGUCGCAGAAUAUGAAAGUUGCCGAAAUGGUGAGAAAGGCAAAGGAACGUGAGAUGAAGCGACAGCAAGCGGUUAUCCUCAAAGAACAGGCUGCACAACAAGAACGCGAGCAGCGCAGACGUAUGCUGGUUAUGGCGAGUAUGGAACGAGAAAGGCGGCGGCAGCACAUGUUGUUGGUGAAGGCCUUAGAGGCGAGGAAACGACAGGAGGAGAGAGAACGAAUGAGAGAAGAGAAGAAUAAUGAGAAGAGGAUUAAUAGGCAGAGGAAAUUUGAACAGCGUCAGUAUGAGAUGCAGGUUGCCAGGGAGAUGAAGAAACCAAUAGAGGACAUGCAGCUGGCUGAUCAUAAGCCAGUGCCGGAGUUGAAGCGGAUCAAGGGCGUUAAACUGGCAGGGGAGGCGCUCGCUGAUGCCAUGAUGGUCAUAGAGUUCUUGAAUAACUUUGGAAUUGCACUUGGUUUCGACCUGGACUCGCUACCUUCGCUCAAUACCCUCCAACUGGCCCUCCUAAAUGACGAUGAGUACAUUGAUGAGUAUCUCUCGCUUAUCACCCACCUACUCAAGUUUGCACUGGAGGAUCCUGGGGUGCCAAACCCUAAGGAUGCCUUAACACAACUAGGUCACAAGAUCAUGGACAUGGAGAUUAACGACGACAAUCUUUCAGAGAUUCUCAGGAUAUUUAUUCAGGCUCGAAACGGCAAACCAGACGACCUGUCGAAUCUGCUUCUCAAACGACCAUUGACCUCGCUGAAUUCGACUCAAAAGGCAGCAUGUUUAGCCUUUGUCUGCAACGAGUUGCUGUGUAGUAAAAACAUUGUCAGUGAGAUAGACAAGAACAUUGACACUAUGACCACCCUACGGAGAGAUAAAUGGGUUGUGGAAGGCAAAGUUAGAAAGUUACGCAUACUUCAAGCCAGGAAAUUUAACCGUCCAAUCCCAGCCAAACAGUUGGCAGACGACAGCUCCAUGGGUUGUCAAGACAGCUCGCUCCUCGGGUUGAAUAACGCGUCAAUCUCGAGCAAGCGGGGCAGCGAUGAUGAAGACGACGAUAAGGAUAGCGAUGACAGCGACGCGGGGAGCGAGAUUACCGGUACCGAUGCGGAUGACGAGGAUGAGCCAGCCACGAUUGAGGAGCUCGAGAAAAGGUUGGAGAAGUUGAGUAAGCAACAUUCCCAGUUCAGAGAUAAAGUGUUCUGUGCGUCGCACAAACUCCGAGCAAUGGCAUUUGGACAGGAUCGAUACCAUCGAAGAUACUGGGUGCUGCCAUUUGCCGGAGGAAUUUACGUCGAAGGUCUCGAAUCGGCCGAACCGGAACUCAUGACAAAAGUUGAGAGAAAGACUGUGUCGAAUUGCGAUGAGGCAUUUUUGGGGAAAUCGGGAUGUGAACUCAUAAAAUCUGAUGAAAAAGAUCUGAAUUUGAGUGCAGGUUUAAAAAGUCAGGAAAUUGCAGAUAAAAUGUGUGAAAGUAAUAUUGAUUCUGUAGAUUCAAAGGAGAGUGAUUUUGCGACUGUUUUGCAGAACAUGAUGUGUGUCAAAAAGAAGGAUUCUGAUGUGAAAGCAGAUGAUCAGGGGCCCCACAAAGGGGAAGCAUUGGGGACCACGAUGGGGGAAAUCAAACGUGAAAUUGCUGAUAUUGAUGGUGCCGUAAAAGAGGAGAAAAUGGAGGUCGAUGGCAUGGAGAAGAUCUCCGUUAAAAUGGAGGUUGAUGUUCAAAAAGACACCGUCGAGGCAGAGAACAAAAUGGAUGUAGAUUGUGUGAAAACGGAAUUAAAUUCUGUGAAAAUGGAGAACGGUGACAUUGUAGAGGAGUGUGUCAAAUCAAAAGCAAUAAAGAUGGAAACUGAGAUUAAUGACCUUGAUGUCAAGGUCAAAGAUGAAAAUGGCAAGGUCGAGGACAGUGUCAAAGUCAAAGAGGAGAAUUCUGAUGUAAAAGAGGAAAAGGUCGAGGUAAAACAGGAAGAUUGUGAACCAUCACUAGUCAAUGGAAUAGGUACGCCGCCUGUGAACUCAUUAUUUCAACGACCUAACUCAGCAUCGAAUCUCAGUGACUUGGCACGGAAAUCUGAGAGCCCCUACCAGCGUACGCCAAAGAAAUCCGACAUUUUUAACAACUCAGCUAUAAAAACUGGUGCUUCUACAGAAAGUUCUCCCGGGUUCAUGAGCAUUGACUCUAUUCUUAAGAAGGAGGACCCGGGGCCUCACUAUAACAACAGCUGCUCACCGUUCCUCCCGUUUCCACCCUCCGGGCCGCUCUCCGCCGAACAAAUGCUGAAAAAUCUCUCAGAGCGCCAAGGUCAGAAACCGUGGUUCAGUAUCCUUCCCAGAAUGCCUUGUGAUGAGUCGACGCUAACGCGAACUCCAAGUAACCUGUCUCAGAUGUCGAACUCUCAAAUGUCAAAUUCUCCGUCACCGUCUCCCUCGCCAUUCUUUCUUCCGGUACCAUACUCCGCAUUCCAAGUUCACAACCCCAUGUUCGCGUCUUAUCCAAUGGGACAAUUACAGUACUCGCCAUUUAACUUUAGUCUCCCGGGCGGUGGGUAUCAACCAAUGAAAACCUCAGGAAUGAUGAACGGAGAGGAGGGUACGCCUCCUCACUCGAGUUUUAAUCGUUCCUAUGAAACCUCGACCCCAAAUACCUCCAGUGUGGACCCUGAACGACUGUCUGCGCCGAAGCCAAUCCCUAUUGAGAAACAGCGUGGUUGGUGGAGAAUCACAAACGCCGAAGAACUUCGCGCAUUGAUCCGAAGUCUGCAUUCCCGCGGCAUAUGUGAAAAACUCCUGCAGAAGACGCUCCAGAAAUAUGCGGACUACGCUUGCGAGUCUUGUACCAACGGCAACAAUGAGGCAUUGGUGAUGGAGGAGACGCCAUUGGACGAGAAAUUAACCAAUCCCGAUACAGGUGCACCAGAUCCCGAUGACCCCGAUAGCUACCUCAAGAGCGCCCUCUAUGAAAUGAAUAUGAAUGUAUUGGAUGAAGUGGAAAACAUGGAGGAAAGAGUGUAUGGUGCAAGUCUUCAGAUAAAGGGCUGGAAAAUUCCUCAACACAGUUCAGACUCGGAACAGGAAAAAGACUGUAAAGAGAAAGAUGUAAAGGAUAAGGAUGGGAAAGAAAAAGAUGCAAAAGAAAAGAAAGAAGGAAAAAUGGAAAAAAAGAAGGAAAUUGAUGGAAGAACGAAGGAGGGGCGAGCGGAAAAGAAGGAGAAAAAGAAAGAAAAAGAUGCCGAAUCCAAAGAAAAGGAACCAAAACCGGAAAAAUCCAAAGCGGAAAAGGAGGCAGAAAAACUAGCCAAGGCCGAAAAGGAGGCAAGAAAAGCUGCAAGGUUGGAGGAACGGAAACUCCAUGCCCUAGAAAGUGCCAAGUAUCGCCUGUUGACUUUGGAGAAGAAUAUUGAACGCCGCUACCUCAAGCCUCCGCUAAAUAAAAGACUUAGGAUGAAAAGUUUACAGCUCAACAUUCCUGCCGUGGUGAGUCCGGACCCAAAGACGGGCAAACCAGAAAAAGAGGAUGAAACCCAAGUGUCCCAGGGCCUCCUGACCUGGCGUCGGGCAGUUGAAACGGCUCAUUCUGCGGCUCAGCUACACAUGUGUUUGGUGCAUCUCAAUAAUUGUAUAGCGUGGGAGAAGUCUAUAAUGAAAGUGAUCUGUCAAAUUUGUAUGAAGGAUGACAACGAAGCUCAGUUGUUACUGUGUGAUGGUUGCGACAAGGGAUAUCAUACAUACUGUUUCAAGCCCAAAAUGGACAACAUCCCAGACGGAGAAUGGUAUUGUUUUGAGUGUGUCACCAAGGCAACGGGCUGUCCUCAUUGUGUCGUCUGUGGGAAGAAGGGUGGACGUCUGGCUGAGUGUGAUCACUGCCCGAGAUGUUUUCAUAUCGACUGUCUCAUUCCUCCUCUACCCAGGGUUCCGAGAAAAUGGUCUUGCAUCACCUGCGUAGCAACGAAGGGCAAAGCAAAGCGCCGUAGAAAGAGCACGGCAACGCCGAAAGACGCAAAGGAAAAGCCCGACACGCCCAAGGGAAAAGGUGCAAAGGAUAAGGACAAUAAGAAGGAGGAGAAGGAGACAGUUGCGAUGGUAACGGACAAUGGUGCUGCCGAGAAGGAGAAAAAGGACCGGGAACCAGUCAGUGCGCUCGAUGAGAGUUCGGAAGAUAUGGGACCGUGCAAGUCGAUAAUGCCCGAGCUGCAAGCUCACGACAAAGCGUGGCCGUUCCUGAAGGCGGUCAACUCCAAACAGUUCCCCCAGUAUAAGAAGAUAAUCCGCCGCCCCAUGGACUUUGGUACCAUGGAGAAAAAACUCAGGGAUAAUGUAUAUAAAUGUCAAGCAGACUUUGCAAACGACACGCGCCAAGUUUUCAAUAAUUGCGAGACGUUCAACGAAGAUGAUUCCGAUGUCGGCAUAGCCGGGCACACGAUGAGGAAGUUCUUUGAACAGAAGUGGACCACUCUGCUCCAGGCUAUGCCUAAGGUCAAAAAAGACAAAAAUGAUGCUGCAGAAAAAGAAAUGGAGGAUAAAUAGGAUGUUGGUCACAGAGAAUUGAGAAUUUGGACAUUUUUAUACAUUCAGAAGUUAGCAAAUUUGGCCAUAUUUUACUUUUUGUCAGUAAAAAUACAAAAAUGCAAGUUCAAGACUCAAGAUUUUCUUUGUGUUAUACUUUGGGAUAUCAUAACAUCGGAUACUCACUGAGUUUCCCAGUUCACAAUUUACAGCUGGCGUCCGUAUAGAAAUAACCUUGGAGAUGAUUUUGCUCUCAGAAACACUGCAGGCUGUUAGGUUGGCAUGGUUUGACAUGUGGUUCACGCCAGGCCUACUUGUUGUACCGGGUUGUCACACUAGUGUCAUCUAGGGGAGCCACUGGUUUGAAAUGUACAUCAUGGGACCAUUGCCAUGUAUAAGUGGAACAGGUAAAAACAAAUUCUGGCUAAAAGCCUGUUUCUUAUCGGGCCAAUGUCGCUUUAGGGGCUGCAGUUGCCAUAAUGGGCAUUUGUAAAAAAGUUCCUAUAAUUUCGUAUGAUAAUGAUAAGAAAGAUUGGAGCAGACAACUUCAUAACGUCUACAUUGAAAUAAAUGUGCUAUUACCUCCAUCUGCCAGUAUAAAGAAAGCUUUUAAUCCUGCAUUUCUCAACCAUGUGCUUGAAGACCGGCUCAAUGCUGCCUUAUCUUAACUGACGAUUGCCUGGUUAUAUAAGGCAAGUUCUGUCAAUCAUUCUUGGCGCCAUCUCCUUUAGUUGAGUCCAUUUGACCAUGGAGUAAUAAAUAAUUAUACAUUACAUACAUAUAAAUUAUUUAUACCUCCAUGAUUUGACCUAUGCCAAUUUUAAGUUGCAUAUCCAAAUAAAAAUAGGCUUUUGGUAUUAAAAGGAAAAGAAAACUGAUGAUUGCAAUAUUUUGGCCUGUAACAAUUUACGCCUACAUUGUACCAGUAAAAAUUAUUUGUUGUGCGAUUAGUUGUUUUAUAUAAAACAUAUACAGACAGAGUUCCAAAACGAUUCUGAGAUAUUCUGUGUCCGUGGCCCUACCCCGACAGGUUUUAAGAUUUCCAUUUUUGUGGUCGCGUUUUUAUAGUUCAGACCUAGAGGAUUAUGGCUAGAAGAAUAUAAUGUCCUUUUGGUAAAAUGUUGUGAAUAUAGAUUCCAUGUAAAUGAGGUAAUUAAUGAAACGGAUAUUCGUUUUCAUUGCGAUAAUAAUGUCAUAAAAAUGGUCAUUUGAGAAUUAUGUUAAGUUACUCAAAUUUUGUGGAUUUUUUCUUUGAAGGAAUGACUGAGGGUUUUUAGAAUGUUGUUGGAAACUGAGUAUUCUACUGAGAGAGUAUUGUACUGUGUAUAGAAUGGUUUUGAAAAGUUACUUUGUAGGUAGAGGAAUUAUGAGGCAGAAAGUGCUAAUUGGGAUUAAAAAUAAUUAGUAAUUAAAUUUUUUAGGCAGAAGAACAACACAUGGUUGUAAAUUCCUUUCCUUAACUGACACUUUUUGCCUCCAAUCCCUGUGGUUGUAGAAAACUGCAUUGGUGAGGAUAUUUUUUCAAGCAAAUAAAUGUGGAUCCGCUUGAAUUGAAGAUAUGAUAUCACAAGAUGUUGGUGAUCAGCCAGAAUGUACAGAAGUUAACCAGGGGGGCUCAAUACCUAAAGCAGGGAUUUGCAGUGGCCUUGGGAGGGAUAUCACCUUUUUUCUGUUAACCAAUAGCACAAGUAACUUUCAUAAUAUUUGUAACAUUCGUUUAAAAGUCUUGCUUUUAAAAAAUGGUGCUGAAUGAGACAUUAAACAAUAUGUCCUGUCAUAUCUUAUUAGCAAUAAUCCUGAAAUCAUGGUUUUCGAUAAUUGGACUUUUGAUAAAUUACUGGUGGUGGCGCUGCAACGCUGGGACUUUUUCAAGGCAUAUUCACAUUACGUAUGCACAACAACCAACCAGUUGAAAACAGCACUAACUGAUGUGGCAGGCAACUCAAACCAUUACGGUUAGUCACUGUGUCUAUGUCCUAUUUUCGAUAUCCCGCAAUAAUUUUUUGUACCAGAUUGGCAGCGCCUCCUGGUGCCAGUAGUGGGUUCAAUGUGCCACCUUGCAAUUCAAUCAGAUGAUGUCCAUUUGCUGCCUAUAUUCGUGUAGUAUCCAGGAUGUGAAAGCUUAUCACUAUUGCAACAUCUUUAAGUUGAAGUUCCAGUUCUUUUUAUGAAAACAUUAGUCAACCGAUUUCAGUUGUUGGAUUUCAUCCAACACCAGGCCUUCAAAACGUUGUAUCGACCAAGGCCAAUUAGGUGAGUGGGGCCAACAAAAAAUGCUUUGGACAUAGGCAUAUUUGGAACCAAAGCAGAGAUGCACAGCGUUCCAACAAUGUUCUGGUAAAUUUGCAAAAGCCUUUGGAUUUUAAUGUCGUAUUUCAAGGUCCUUGAAUUAUAAAACUGAUUUGACAGAUAAUUAGCAAACCUGUUGAAUGUCGCGAACCGGUAUUCUGAAUUAAAAGCCCGCUGUCCAAUUGAAAAUGGUCCUCGGCUCUUGUAAUUGAAUCAUCAUACAUUACAAUAUAUUAUUCAAUUUCUGCAUUUAAUCGACAAACAUUUACACUUAGUUAUUGUAUCUUCAGCUGUGCAUUUUUUAGAUUUAUAUACAAAGCAUUCUAGGAAAUGCUAAUAUGUAGUUAUUUAAGGGGCGCUGUAUAAUUAAUUUAUUGUUGUCUAAUGUUGAAUGGAUUUUUAACGCCCAGAAACAUGUAACCCCGCAAUCAGAGCAUUCCUUUGUUAUUCCAAGCAAACUGAGCAGUUGUUGUGCAAGUGAAAAGAACAGUUGUUGUGCAGGUGCACAGAACAACUGUUGUGCAAGCAUACAGAACAAUUGUGGUAAGCAUACAGAUGAUAGUCAGGCUAUAUAAAACGAAUGUUGUGCAAGCUAUAGAACAAUUGUCAUUCAUGCAUACAGAACAGUUGUUGUGGAAGCGUACAGAACAAUUAUUGCGCAGGCCUACAGAACAGUUGUGGUGCAGGCCUACAGAACAAUUAUUGCGCAGGCCUACAGAAGAGCUGUUGUGUAAGCCAACAGAGCAAUGUUGUGCAAGCGUACAGAACAAUUGUUGUGAAUCUUGUUUUUUUGUGUAAGUGUAGAUAGGAUCUGUGUACAUACUAUUUCGGUAGUUAUAUUUUCUCCUGUAAAUGUUGAUGUCAAAUAAAGGGUGCCCAAGUCAGUGAAA